AUGAGAGCACCCAUUCCAGGACUUCCACUCAAGCUUUAUUUGGCUGCAACAAACAUAGCGGUGGGGGCUUUGCUUGCUCAAGAUGAUCGCAGCGGGGAAGAAAGUCCUAUUUAUUACGUAAGUAGGCAACUAAGGGGAGCUGAAAUGAGAUAUUCGAAGACCAAACUCUUGUGCCUUGCUCUUGUCUAUGCUGCACAGCGCUUGUGGCAUUACUUCCUUGCUCACAAGCUACAUCUUAUAGUAAAGUCUGAUCCCUUUGAUAUCACCUGCACCACCCCAAAAGCCAUCAAAGGACAGGCCAUGAUUGAUAUGCUGGCUCUAUUUCCCGAAGUUGAAGAAUCAACAAUCUCUAAGGAAGUUCUGGGGGAGCUGCCAGAAAUAGUUGAUGUAGUCACAGAGGCGGAACCGUGGACCCUCUACUUUAAUGGGUCUUCUACAUCGAAGGGUGGAGGAGCAGGUGUAGUGCUUGUCAAUUCUGAGGGGCAAGCCACGACCCUCUCAUUUAAGCUAAAUUUCCCAUGCACAAAUAAUACGGCGGAGUACGAAGCUUUUAUUGCAGGGAUGUCUACGGCAAGGGAAAUGGGUGUCGAAAGAAUUAAAAUUAUUGGGGACUCAAACCUGGUGCUGAGUCAAUUACAAGGAAAUUUCGCUGUGAAGGAGCUAGCAUUGGUGCCGUAUUGUACAGCUGCUGAAAGGCUUGUUUGUUCUUUCAAACAAGUUGUGUUAGAACAUAUCCCGGGGGUUACUAAUAGAUAUGCUGAUGCAUUGGGCACUUUGGGAUCGAGACUCUCAUUUGUUGAAGAACAGCCCAAUAUUGCAGUAAUCAAGAAAGACACGCCGGUUAUUGAAGCAAUGGCUCAAGAGAAGCAGCUGGAAGAGGAUGACUGGAGGAAAUGCCUUCCGGGAGGUAUUUUGACCCGCUGCAUAGGGACAAUAGAAGCACAUGAGAAGCUUCAAGAGGUACGUGAGGUUACUUGCAAUUUGGAGCCAAUAAUCAGCUUGUAUCGGCGCCUGCAACGCAAGGGUUAUUACUGGCCAGAAAUGAGGAAACAAGCAGCUGAAAUGCAAGCCAAUUGUCCCAAGUGUGCAAAGAUACCCUCCACCGAGGAAUCAUUCACCAUCUCUUUUGCAGAGGAUUGGAGGGCUCCAUACUUGGCCUCCUUCAUCAAUGGAGUCUUGCCAACCAAUCCCAAGCAUGCAUGCAAGCUCAAAAGGACAAUGAAAAGAUACUUCAUAGAUGGGUCGACUCUCUACCGCAAGGGGUUUAAUGGUGAGCCAUUAAAAUGCUUGGGAAAGUCAGAAGCAAAGCAAGUCAUGCAAGAGAUUCAUGCUGGAGAAUGUGGUGAGCAUCAAGGAAUGAAGAGGCUUUACCGGCAGCUACUGAGUGUUGGGUAUUAUUGGCAUAAAAUGAAGAAUGAUGUAUACGACUUUGUGAAGAGGUGCCACACAUGCCAAGUUCAUGCUAACUUAAGUCACAAGCCUCCCAUGCUGCUGCAGGACAUGCGCACUCCUUGGCCCUUUCAUACUUGGGGGCUUGAGUUGAUCGGGACUAUGCAUCCACCAUCCAACGGCUACAUAUGGAUCCUCACAGCCACCGAAUAUUUCACAAAGUGGGUUGAGGCGGUUCCUCUGCGAAAAGCCACGGGGGCUGCCAUCGCCAAUUUCAUCCGUGAAUAUAUCGUAUGUAGAUUUGGGAUCCCAUAUAAGAUUGUCACCGACAAUGGCACCCCAUUUGUCAAUAAGCAAGUAAGCUCGACACUUAGUGGUUAUGGCAUCAAGCAUCAUCGCUCCAUGCCCUAUUACCCACAAGAAAAUGGUCAAGCGGAAGCCACGAACAAAACUUUAUUAAGGAUCCUAAGCAAAAUGGUCUAUAAGUAUGAAGGAGGUUGGAGUGUUCACCUGCCAGAUGCUUUAUGGGCCUACCGCACCUCUCCAAGAAGUGCCACAUGUUUCUCGCCUUAUUCACUUGUGUACGAAUCCGAUGCCAUUUCACCAGUAGAGAUUACCAUUCUUAUUGCCAGAGUAUCAGCUAUUAACGACCUCGAGUGGGAUACAAAGUCAUGCUCAGAUUGGCGCCUGCUGGACCUUGAAGAUUUGGAUGAAAAAAGAGCGGACGUCGAAAGAAGGACAGCAUUGUACCACAAAACUGUAACCCAAGCUUACAACAGGACAGUUAAACCUCGAUCUUUCAAGCAAGGAGACCUCGUGCUAAAAGUUGUGGAGCAUGUAAGGAGACAAGUGUCGGGACUUUUCAAGUUUGCCCCGCAAUGGGAGGGCCCAUUCGCAGUCAAGGAAGUUUACAGCAGCGGCUAUUAUCGCUUGGUCUCUAUCAAAGAAGGCACGUUGACAGACCCCGUCAAUGGGAAGUGGCUCAAGCUCUACUACUGCUAA